UCUAGGAAUCUAGAAAUUUGGCCAGGAUAUUAGACCCUGUACCGAGAGGAAAUACUCAAUACUCCGUACAGAAACGAGACAUCCUGUAUGUACACAGCACGAGGGGAAGAAUAUUCGAAACAUACAUUCCCUAAAUCGAUAUUGUCUCGUGACGGCACGCCCGUAAAUCAAUUCUGAAUGCUGACGAAACCAUCCACGGAUGAUCCCUUUGGCACAUCAGUAAAGCCAUCCUCGCAUGUACAGUGUAGAAGGAAGGGGCAAGGAUAUUUAUGAUCCAUAAUUACCUAAGUAUUAUUUCAUGAAAGCCACGAUACUCGCUACCAAUCCAAAAGAGCUGAAGUAAUAGAAACGGAAAGAGCAUCCGAGACAACUUUAUGCCGAGGAUUUCAUUAUGCCAAAUCUCCAAUCUCCUGUGCUGCCAGCACAGGGCAAGAUACAGCCCCGGACACAUCGACGGACACAUUCCUUAACCCCAGAUACAUCUCGAACGGCCUCACCAUUAAAGAAAGUAUGGGCGGAAACCCAAUCUGCAGAUGAGCUAUCCGGAGGAACAAAUCAGAACAGAACCGAAGACUCUGUUCUCUUACCUGCAACUGCAGCCCUCGCUUCAGGAAACGGCUUGGGGUCUUUGGAUGAAGAGAGAGCUCCUUUGCGACGACCUCGAUCACAUCAACGCUCCCUUACGCAACUAUUACCUUCCUGGAGUACGCGUCAAAUUCCCCCAAGCCCACACAGAUCGCCCGAGAAUUCUCCAACGAAGGAGGAUCAACAUUUCGAAUACAUGGCGUCCUUGACUGGAGAUAACGGUGGUCGAACAAGGAUUCCCGAAAGGUCAAGGGGAGGAAGAAGCGGUUUGUUUGUUGGUUCGUCGCCUUUGGAAGUUGCAGGAUUAGAACAAGACGGAUCGAACCCGAAAAUGCCAGGUGCUAGAGAACCAUCACCAAAUCGAAAGCUCGAGAGAAAGGGUACUCUCCCUGUCCCCGAACUCAACUCUCCUCCUGCGAAAUCAACUGGCUCCUCAAUGUUCGGCUUCUUUUCCUCCCCGAAAGCUCCUGCCAAAGCGAUCCAACUACCCUCAGAUCCGGAUAGCGACGAAUAUCUCACCCUUGACAUCCACUCAUCAUUAUUUCCACUCGGCGCAGCUGAUCCUUUUUCGCCUGCUGCCUUCAAGAACCUUCAAAGCAACGCCGAAGGUCUCUUAUUAAAACUCCAAACCGUAUAUAAACUUCGCACCAUCCAAUACAAUGAAAUGAAAGCCGAGAAAGAUGCACAAGGAGAAGAACUCGAAGAAGCCAAAAUCCGCACCGAACAUCUUAAGCUUCAACUUGAAGAUAUGGCCAAGAAGUUCAAUGAACAAGACAUUGCUAUAGAGGACUUGGUAAACCAACUCGCCGUGGAAAAACAGGCUCGUGUGGAACAGAGAGAUCAGCAUAUCGCUCAGAUGAAGAGGACGGAAGAAGCAGCGAGGAUAGCAUAUCGUGCAAGCUAUUGUUCUACGGUUGGAGAAGAAGACCUAGGGAUUCCACCAGACAUAAGAGCUAAAUGGAGGAAAAGUGCAGGUAGUACUGAUUUGAGCGGGGAAAGUGAUGACGAUAUGGCAAGUGGUGGGGGAGAAAGUGUCUUCUCAAGAAGCAGGAGUCCCACACUUACAGUCUCAACUGUCAUGACCAGAGACAGUACAAGAGACAGUACUCCUGACAUUCCUUCAUCUUUUGGGCGUGUUGGUGCACUUCAAAGGGAUGCUCAACUCAUCAAUAACCCUACAAUAGUGAUUCCGACAAAACCAAAGCCCCAAACAUCAGCCUUCAGGAAAAUCCUAGGCAUCGGCUCCAGCGAAUCGAGUCCUACAAAUACAUGUUCAAAUUGUAGUGGCCAGGGAGCGUCGAUGGCAUGGGACGCUGUGGGCUUACUGAGAGCUGAAAAUAAGAGUUUGAAAGAUAGGGUUAGUCAUCUGGAGGGAGCAGUCGAUAGCGCGCUGGACAUAUGUGGAGGCCUGUUUCCUGCUGGGUCAGGCUUAUGAGAUGGAUAAUUGGAAAGAAAUAUAUUACCAUAACCAUCUUGAGGAGGCUGGUUUAUCUGGAACGACACCAAAAAAAAUGCACCGAUGACGACAAUGACCCCAAUCAAACCAACAGCAGUUUAUAUUAUACCCCUUCUUGUUACUGAUUUUGUUUUCUUUUCUUGGCUUGCAUACCUCUCAUGUGCCUCGCUACCAUUGAAUGGCUAGCUUUUUGGCGUUGCUUAUCAUAGGUGGCUUUGCUCUACCUUUGGACAUUUUCUUGGACUUGAACUUGGAUUUGUUUCUUGGCAUACACAUGGCAUUUGCUCAUUUUGGCUCCACUACACUGGUAGAUGGCAUAGGCAUAGUAAAGGAGUUGACAGUUUUUUGUAUUGUAGGGUUUUUUCUUUGGCUGCGGUAAUUCAGGAAGAAUUCCAUGUGUCCUGUCCUGGGCUAGAGGUGGGAAAACUCAAAUAGCACACGUAUCUAGACAGUCAUCAAUAGAUGAAUCGUUCAUGGACAUCUAGAUUCAAUUGUUUGACUAUGUG